AUGCGAGCCGAGUAUGCGGCCAAAGAAAGUGCUCUUGAAACACAUGUCUACGAGAUUCGCCACGGUUUCAAACCUGACUAUUCGCAGUUUCGUGAGUUCGUGACGCUUCCUUCGGAGCUCCCGCGGCUGCGUGAUGAUUUCGAGUACAUUUACAUCAUCAACCUCGACCAUGAAGUUCUUACCAUGAACCACAGCAUACACUGGAAGCUGGGAAAUAUCCCGCGUCAGGACGAACUAUGGCUUCGCGCCAUCGCGGACAGCAUCUAUAUGUACAAGCCCACCAUCUCCCUCGAUGUUUGCCCGGAAGAGCAUAUGGACUCGUUGGCUUUGGAGCUUCCAAAGCGAAAACGGAAGAUCGGAUAUGACUUUCGCGUCGUAGUUCCGAGGACUAACAUCGCGGAGGCGCGAAAGACGUUUCUUACACGUCUUCUUGCCAGUACUCUUAUUCAAUAUCAGGACGAGAUCAUUAGAUUCGGAAGGGAGUGGGGCCCGGACUCGUUUCCCUUUCGCGAGAUGGCUUUUGCUCUUGUCUCAAUUGCCUCUGGCCAGGCCAAAUUCCAUUCUUUUCCUUCUCAGCAGUGUAAUCCUCGAGCUUGUGGAGCGUCAGACUGCAAGUUGAACCACUUGAGCAAGUUACCUGGAUGGCUUGACGAAGAGUGGGCUGGCGAUAGCGCUCCGUUGCUGGAGUUUGGAUCCCUGUCCCAUCGACCGGGCGAGCCUCCAGGGGCGUCGCCCACGAAGAUGAUAUACUGGCUCGAGGACGUACUUGUCAGUCUUACACUGGUGAUUGACGGUAAGGCUAUCACGGAGGCCGUUAACUGGGGCAUCGAGCAGGGACGCACCAGCUUUCAGAUCGUCGUCCUAUCGCUCUUUAAAGCGGCUUUUGCGGAAGUCUUUCUCGGUGACGAUGGGGAACCAUUUGUCGAAGUCAGCCGCGCCGUUGAUCUCUCACCUCUGCGUGCAAAUUAUUGUGUAAGCACACAUCCACGCGAUCGACCAGAGCUAAAACCAGGGAUGAAGACCCAGCGCCAGUUCGGUGAGCUCAUUAUGAACUCGAACUGCACAGGGACAGUCCAGAGACUACGAAGUCAGUUCCCCGGGCUCGCGGCGCUCGUUAACUUCUUCGAAGUCGCCGGGAACCGCCGCGCAGCGUCGAAUUCGGAAGGCAUUCUGCCGCCAGAACUGUACUACCGGAUUCUGGACUUUGUGGACUACGAUACGUGGAAGACCUGUCUACUCGUAUCGACAAUGGUUCGUUCAUGUUGCCUCCGCAAGUACAGGCUUGAUGAUCGCAUGAGCAUUGUGGCAGGGCCUUUUGUGAGGCUACAAAAGUACCACAAGGAGCGUCUGAUGUCCUUCGACUUCCAAAACAUGCAAACGGGCAAGAUCCUUCCAAUGAUGGAGGUUCCGCGUAACAUCUGGAUGAGGGAGUGCAACUGGAUGCCGGUCAUUGGCAGCGAUAGAAAAGCGCUCAUGUUGGAUGUGGUCAUUCAGUUUGAGCCGGCGGAGAAUGUGCCAGUGGAGGCCGACAGCGACGAUGAAUCUUAUUCUUUACGGUCAAAGUAA